UAUAAAAGGUGCAGGUACAGUUUUGUGCGCUUCAAUGUGAACAUCUACACAAAUCAUGGACGGACACGGCAGAACUUUCCUCCUGCUCCAAGUAUUUUUCUGUUUCAUUGUAUUCGCUUCGACUGGGAAGAACAAGCAAGAUUGUUCUCAGGUGCUGUGCCAAGGACCACUGACGUACUACGAGGAUGUGGGAUGCACUCCUGUGUACAAGAAAAAAGGAGAUUGCUGUGCCUAUAAAUACAACUGUGGCCAUCUAGAUGCUAGAUCACGAAAUAAGUGUUACAUUAAGCACAGAAGCUACGAAAUUGACGAAUCUUAUGGGCACGAUGAUAACAACCCUUGUGCUCUUGGAUGUUACUGCGGCGACGGAGCUACUUCAGCACGCUUCAAUUGCGCCAUGGUGCGCUGUUUUAUUCCCCCUGUUGGCGACGGUUGUUACCUGGGCCGUAACGUUAGUCAAUGUUGUCCAGGACCGGUAAUUUGUCCUAAAAAUGGAUCGCAGAUUCCAGAGUGCGUUGUGGAUGGUGUGACGUACAAGGGAGGAGAAUUCUUCACACCAAAGAAUGAGCCACGGAAAAGGUGCUCGUGUCAGGAAGGCUAUACGGGUGAUAAUAUCGAACCAUUCUGCAUAACACCGAGCACCAGAUGCAGUACAGACUUAUAUCAUAAUGAAGACAUUGCCAAUAAAUGUGCCCCAACGUACGACUCUGAUCAAAAUCCUGCUACCAGCUGUAGUCCAUCUUGGCGCUGCCAAAACGCGAAUGAUACUGUAAUACCAAAUCCAAAUGGAGCCACACCCUCUAAAGAAAACUGUUCUGGUGGAAAAGGUCUGACCUGCAAAUUUGGCAACCUCACCAUGAAUAUCGGGGACGAGCUUAGUCGAAAUGGAGACUACGAUUCGAGGUGCAUGAGAUGCAUUUGCCAAGUGCCGCCUACACCAACGUGUAAACGUCUUAAUGACCAUGAUUGCAAUUCUGCAGAUAAUUCUCCGGGUAGAAAAUGACUCUGAAUAUACAUAUAUUAUAGAGAAUUUUUGUAUUUUAUUUGAAGCUUGAGAAGUAAAGAAGAACUUUGAGUGAAUUUGUUAGCAAAAUUUGACUGAGCUGCGAACAUUGAUGAUUAGGAGAAGCCAAAAACUGAAGAAUAUUAAAACAUAAGUAAUAAAUAAAUAUUCUGGUCCCUCUUGGCAGAUUUGUUCUGACUUAAGGGGUGCAGGACUCGUCAUUCUA